GAGAGAAAGGGAGAGAGGGAGAGAUGAUGCACCUGUUCACAGUCACCUGAGGAGAAGAGUCAGGAGAUUCACAAUAGCUGCAGCAAGAAGACAGACAGUCAUCAGCAUGGUGGCACACUUCCAUAUCUGAGACACUCUCCUUCAGGCAGCCAGUUCGUCGUCCCCAAGGGCCAUCCCUCCAGUCUCCGUGGUGCUAUGGCUGACUCAAGCUGGUGGAAGCUGACCUUCUCACGCAAGAAGAAAUCUGAACCUAAGGUUUUGUAUGAAAUCCCAGCAGAGCACGGAAGCAACAAUGAGAACAAAGACCAAGCAGGCAUCUCUUCAGACGAUAUGGACAGCCAGUUCAAUGCAAGGCUGGAGAAGAUUGUGGAUAAAUCUGCCACCAAAGGCCGCCACGUCAAAGUGUCCCACUCCGGUCGCUUCAAAGAGAAAAAGAAAGUCCGAUCCACGCUGGCAGAAAACCCAAGCCUGUUUGCAGAGCACAACCUCAGUAGUGAAAAUCAUAAAAACAAGACGGACAAAUAGCAAAAUACAUCUACGUGAUCAUAAAAGUGUCAUAAAUCACUCAGACAAGGGCUAUUGCCACACUGUACCGCAUACAAGUGGCAACAGUAAAUAAAACAAACAAGUGGUAUCUUGAAACAGACGUUAAUAUAUUCAUAAACUGAAUAAUGGACCGGUUCUGGAAACAUUUCUCUCAUUAUUGUAAAUGUUGAAUUCUAACAUCAAAUGUCCAAAUGUUCUCAAGCAUUUUUUAUGUUUGCACUGGUGUUUCUUUAAAUAAGAGCUGAAAUGAAGUAGCUUAAGCUUAACCUCCUUUGUCUUGUGUAGCAAUUAUGUAUUUUUAUGAUUUAAAUAGGACCUUUUAUGAAAAGACACAGUGCAUUUGCUUGAAUUUUAUGAAAAAACAUGCAAAACUUGAUUAAAAUACAAAAUGUCAGAAAAAUUAUUAAAUGUUCACAGUAGCCCCGGAAGUUAUUUAGAUGGUAUUACCUAUUGUUUUCUAAGUAAAUAUAUGAAAUAAGUAAUAAAAACUCCGAGAAAAGGAUUUAUCACCUUGUGAAGGGCGUUUUAUAAAUUUUUACUGUGCUGGAAAAAUAAUUGCUUAGUAUGUUUUUUAUUAAUCAAAUGCAAGUUUAUAAAUUUUGUAAAUGACCGUUGUAAAGAUUUUUGGGGUAACAUUAAAUUAUAACUUAAAAUAAAUUGUUUCAACAUUU